AUGAAGCAAAUAUCAAAUCAAAAUAGGUUUUAUGAAUACUCAGAGUCUAACGAAUUAGGCAGUGGAGCAUUUGCACAGGUGUUCAAAGGAAUUAAUAAACAAACCAAUACAGAUGUUGCAAUUAAAGUUAUAAGCAGACAAAAACUGAAAAAAUAUGGUGAAGAAAUCAUUAAUGCAAUUGGUGAUGAAGUUAAUAUUUUAUAGAAACUCUCGUUUUUAUCUCAAAAAGACCCUUGCCCCUUCAUAGUGAAAAUUUUCGAUUGUUUCCAAACAACAAAUAACAUCUAUAUCAUCUUAGAAUACUGCAAUGGAGGCAAUCUUUUAGAUAUUAUCAAAAAAUGUCCUCAAGGCAUUCCUGAAUAGCAAGCAAUAAAGAUUUUUUAUCAAAUUGUUUCUGGUAUCAAUUAUAUUGCUAAACAUGAUAUAGUCCAUAGAGAUCUUAAACCAGAAAAUAUAUUUAUUCAUGAUGGAGUUUACAAAAUAGGUGAUUUUGGUUUUGCAAGCUAAAAGAACAUGUUUUACACUACUUUAGGAACUUAUCCAUAUAUGGCUCCUGAAUUUUUCAAAGAUCCUUCAUAUGACAAGCUAGUUGAUAUUUGGGCAGUAGGUAUCAUGUAUCACGAAAUGCUUUUCAAUGAACUUUACUUUAUGGGUAACAGCUAAUAUGAAGUAUCAUAAAAAAUAUGCAAUGUCCCAUACAAAAUAGUCCGUCCUAAUAUGAUUUCCCCAAACUCAUAGGAUGUGCUUAUAAAGUGCAUUGAAAAAGAUAGAUCUGUUAGAAUAACAGCAGAUCAAUUGAUAAAUCAUCCUCUCUUUGAUCCUAUUAAGAAUGAUCCUCAAAUUCAAAAUCUCAUUAACUAAGGAGGUUCUUCAAUGUCUGAACAAAAAUAGGCAAGUCCUGGAGUCACUUAAAUCUUUUAGACUUUAAUCAAUACAAGAAAUGGUUUGUUAUUUUUAAUAAGGCUAUCUGAAAAAUUGGAAUUCUAGUAUCUAGACUAAUGUAGAUUUGAUAUAUAUUACUUAAUUAGAAAAUGCUUGAAUGGAGUGACUGGUCUUCAUUUAAGUUUAUAGAAUAGAUAAGCUCCUAACUUCUUAAAACUAAAAGAUCCUCAAGAUUGGGUUUAAUUUAUCAAUAGUCCUGUUUACACUGAUAUAUUUACUAUCUUGGAUUAAGAUAAGCUUUUUAUAACUAAUAAAUUCUUUUAAUAUGGAACAUUUUUGGAUCUAUUUAUCAAGUAAAACUUCCCUCAAUAAUACUAACAAAUGUAAACUAUAAUUAAUUUGGAUUUGAACUAAAUUAUACAGCCUUAGCUUUACAACAGUCAAAUAAAGAAUCUCUUUGACUACUUUACUAAUUAGUAUCAUUAAGUAAAAAAGCAAGAAGAUUUAUUCCUUGCAUCUAUGUUAGCUAUAGCAUUCAAGAUCGACAAUUGUAUCACAAAUCAAACAAUUAACUUCGAAAAGUUUGAAAUCGAAUCAUCUUAAUAUACUCUCCAAGAUUUGAUGAAUAUAAUUAAUCAAGCAAUUGCUUCUUGA